GCCGCGGAUGUCAAACGUAUCAAGAGGCAGCAAUUAACUAACCCCCUCUUCAAGCGACUGACGUUAAGCACACCUGCCAACCUACUCUAGACGUCAUACCGAUACGAGAUCUCCCAGCCCUCCCGUCCUCCCGAACCCCAAAUUUAGCCGCCGUUUGUAAAUCGUUCGAUCGAUCAAUCAAUUAGCGCCCUCGAUUACGAUAUCUCCCCGCCGCUAUGAUGCAUCAAGUCGAUCCGAGGAUAAUAAAGUGGCGUCACCGCGCAACGACAUUACCCUCUCCUUUUACCUUUACAACCAACAAUCACGGGCUGCCAAUACGUCGCCAUGCCUGGCGCCCGCACUCUGCUUGCAGCUGCUAGCCUCAUCGCAUACACGCCCGUAUUAUUCGCUCAGUCCAGUUCAGUGUCGUAUGCGACUCCGUCACUGAUAACUGCUACCGAAACACCCGCAGCACUGUCGACGUCAACGCUUUCGGUCAUUUCGGGCGGGAGCGAGUACGCUUACAUAGGCUGCUUCAAUGAGACAACGGGGUAUGCGAACGGCGGUAACAAGCGGGCCAUUACAGGUGGUAAUAUGACAUCCGAGGAUGACAUGACGCCGGAACGAUGUUUUGAUUUUUACGGUGACGAGCAAUAUGCUGGUCUUGAGUAUGGGCGGGAGUGCUGGUGCGGCCCGUAUUUCUCGACUCUUACGAGCGAGUUGUCUCCAGGAUACUGUAAUAUCAGCUGCUCUGGUCUGGACAACGCUGCGUGUGGUGGCUCUUUGGCACUCACUCUAUUUAAUUCGACUCGACGUUCGGGAUCUGGACAUGGAGAGGGACAAAAGGGUGGUGCAACACAUACAGUACCUGCG